AUGCCGUCGGUUCGGCGUUUUUCCAGAGUCGAUACUUUCGAGCUGAAGGUUCAGAUCGAAAAGAGGCUCGGUUCACAAAAGGCUGAGAAGUACUUCAAUCUAGUCAUCAGGUAUUUAAAUCUUAAGCUCGGGAAAUCAGAGUUUGAUAAGCUUUGUAUCGGUUUAAUGGGUCGGGAAAAUGUUCGUCUUCACAAUGAACUGAUCAUAGCUAUUGUGAAAAAUGCUGCUCUUUCGAAAAUACCUCCUCAAAAACGUGCGAAGAGUGAUGGUCCUUUGCCUUUAAAGGUCCCUAACGGGACCCAUCCGGUGACUGAUCUACAGUCUCUAUGUGUGUUUCCUCGGUCCCCUAGAAAAGUACGAACACCAAAUCUUCGUGAAAGCAAGUUUAAAGACCAAACGGUUCCUUUUCCCCAACAUUUGGUAACGACAAAAGUUCAACAACAACAACAAAGUGCUACUGAGUUGUUUUCUUUAGGUAGCAAACCGCCACUUGAAGUUAAUUCAGUUGAAGACGGGGAAGAAGUUGAGCAGGAUGCAAUAAGUCCAGGUGUUUAUAGUAGAAACCCUGUUAGUGCGCCAUUUGGCAUCACCAUCCACUCACAAGAACAACGAAAAUUAUGCAUUAAUGGUCUAGAUUCUGCAUACUGUACUGAGACUUGCCAUUACAGUGGUCAUUUGCCUGCUGCAAAUUCUUUAAAGAACAGGUUGAACCACAAUUUGCGAGUUGAAGUGUUCUAA